GAGGUUAGGGUUAGGAAAUGACGGUGUCACCUAAAAAGUUAUAUUUCAUAAGAAAAAAUGCCAGGCCCAUAUUGUGUCUUAUGCGGUAAACGUGAUAAAUCGGUAUCUUAUCAUGGAUUUCCGAGAAACGACGAAUCUCGUAAGAAGUGGCUGGAUUUUUGUGGCAUUGAUGAAAAUGUUUUAAGCACAGCUACUAAACUGUGUUCAAAUCAUUUUGAAGAAGACAAAUUAAUCCACAAAUCUAAGAAUACGUUUCUCAAGUCCAAUGCUCUGCCAACUAUUACGAGUAAAAAGAGGAAGAAACACCAAUGUUUAGAUAGCAGUCUGAACAAAUCAAAAAAUUCGAAAAAUAUCAGUGAGGAAAUAGUCAACAAUGGAACUGUCAAUGAUAACAUCAGUGAGGAAAUAGUCAGCAAUGGAACUAUCAAUGAUAAAAUUCAUCAUAAUAAUGGAACUGCCUUUAACAUGACUGUCAACGAUGGAAUUGUCAUUAAUGAUGGAGUUAUUACCAAUGGAACUGCCCAUAUAACUGUGGAUGAUAGAAUUAUUGAUGAAACUAUAGACAAUGAAAUUAUUGAUAUGACUGUGGACAAUGGAAUCGUCAGCAAUGGUGGAAUCAGUGAUGAAAUUGUUGACAAGACAAUCCAUUGUGUUAAUGACAUCAUCACCGAUGAAACUGUUCAUAUGGGAAUCCAUCAUGAUGAUGGAAUCAUUAUUAAUGAAACCGAGACACUAAAUUCUGAUACUUGCCUAACUGUGAAUCGUCCAUCUACACCUCCAAACUCUGAAAGAAGUAAUUGUUUCCAAACACCUGUCAAAAAUUUACAUGACCCUCGUUUUGUUGGUGCCAUUAGAACGCCACAUCUUGCCACGCCAAGGAAAGCUCGAAGAGCUUUGGAAGUAGCGAAACGAACAAUCGAAAAACAGCGAAGGAAAAUCAAAACGUUGCAGCAAGCCAAAAUCAGAUUAGUUAGUCGCAUAACAACGAUAAAAGGACUAAUCAAACAUUUAAAGCAGAAAGAUCUAUUAUCCGAAACAACAGCUGAAAAUUUAAUGGUAACUCUUGGCUAUGAUAAUAAUUAA